CCUCGCCUCGAAGUAAACGGUUAUUCUAACGAUAUUUUCUAAAGGAAUUGCUGUUCUUCGACGUAAAGAACUUCAUUAAAUACCACACUCGUGAAUGUCCGAAGCUCCUCUGUGUAAAAAUUGGAUGUUGUUAACUAUUGACUGAAUAAACUACUAAACGUCAUCACGCCGAGACGACUCUUCCUUAACGGUGGCCUACAAAAAUACGUCAUCAUUGCAACAUUCCAUCAGUUUUCAUUUUACAGGAGUUGAUUGUACUAUGGCUGAAUUUAGCGGAAACGUCCAACAGCAGAUGUUUAGUGGAUUAUGCUUCCUGUACAGAAAGGAGGAAGUGGACAAACAGAGGUCUGCUGCUGUUAAACACUCACACUUGGAGAGGAGCCUCCCCCUGGCCUGCUGUAACUAUUGGACUCAACAAUAAAUCAUUAACCACCUCAAUGUGAGGACUCCUACCACAACAGCUUCAGAUGGACAAACAACCACAGAGGAAAAUAACAUGUAUGUGACUGUUCAAGUGGAGGGAGCCUUUUUCUAAAUACAGAAAACAACCCAUCAUGUACAGUGUUGAUGUCACACACUGAUUGAUUUGCUGUGCCAUCCCCCAAUGGCCUGCAGCACAUGGCAACAGCCCAGAUGAAAUCAUCUUUGGGGCAGAGAAGUUGACCAUUAACCUCCCUGACUGAUUGUGAGCACUUCUCUUGUGAGCAGCUGAUUUCAUCCAGUGGAUCCUGAAGCAAAGUUCACUGUCACAGGCAGGAGCUUGCUCCUAACUCUAGCCUUUUUUUCAGUUUUUAACAUUUUUACAGGACUAAAUCUACAGCCAUGGCUUCACCAAGUUAUGGAUACUACCGAGGCACAAUAUUUCUGGCCAUGUUUGUGGGAUACACGCUGUACUACUUCAACAGAAAGACCUUUUCUUUUGUGAUGCCUUCUGUAAUGCAGGAAAUUGAGAUGGAUAAGGACGACCUGGGCAUGAUCACCAGCAGCCAGUCUUUGGCCUAUGCUAUCAGUAAGUUCAUCAGCGGCGUGCUUUCGGACCAGAUCAGCGCCCGCUGGCUCUUCUCCAUCGGCCUGUGCAUGGUGGGAUGCAUCAACGUGGUCUUCUCCUGGUCCUCCACAGUCGCCGUCUUCUCCGCCCUGUGGUUCCUCAACGGGCUGGGCCAGGGUCUCGGCUGGCCCCCCUGCGGCAGGGUGCUGCGCAAGUGGUUUGAGCCCUCUCAGUUCGGGACAUGGUGGGCGAUCCUCUCCUGCAGCAUGAAUCUGGCCGGAAGCCUGGGCCCCAUCAUCGCCACCGUGCUGACGGAGAGCUACAGCUGGAGGACGAUCCUGUCCGUCUCCGGGAUGAUUUGUGUGGUGGCCUCCGUUUUCUGUCUGCUCUUCAUCAAGAACGAGCCCAGUGACGUGGGGCUGCCCAACAUAGAGACAGCAGCCAAGAAGAGCAAAGCAGGAUCCUCCGGUGAUGAAAGCACGCUGUCUGAGUUCCUGCUGUCGCCCUACCUGUGGCUGCUGUCUGUCUCCUACCUGGUGGUGUUCGGGGUGAAGACGGCCUGCACAGACUGGGGCCAGCUGUUCCUCAUCCAGGACAAGGGCCAAUCUACACUCAUGGGCAGCUCAUACAUGAGCGCCCUGGAGGUUGGAGGCCUGCUGGGCAGUCUCGCUGCAGGAUACAUCUCUGACAAGGCCGUGGCCAAACAAGGCAACAAAAUCUACGGCAACCCUCGCCAUUUCAUCCUGAUCUGCAUGAUGGUGGGAAUGUCCGUGUCCAUGUUCCUGUUCAGAGUCACCGUCACUGCAGACAGUCCGAAGGUGUGGAUACUCUGCCUGGGUGCUGCUUUCGGUUUCUCCUCUUACGGACCAAUAGCAUUAUUUGGAGUUAUAGCCAAUGAGAGCGCACCAUCCAACUACUGCGGGACAUCACACGCCAUUGUUGCCCUCAUGGCCAAUAUCGGUGGCUUCCUGUCCGGACUACCAUUCAGCACCAUCGCUAAGCACCACGGCUGGGAAACUGCAUUCUGGGUAGCAGAGGUCGCCUGUGGCAUCACCACCGUUGGAUUCUUCCUGCUGCGUAGCAUCCGAACCAAAAUGGGCCAUGUGUCCAAGAAGGCUGACUAAAACCUCAUCACACCUCUGAAAUACUCUGAGCCAUCCUCAUAUUUUUCUUACUUGAUAUGUAUACCGCAGUAUUUUCUGUCUCACAGGACAUUACGCUCUGAGAAGUUGAGCACUUUUCUAUUUUUGAAAGGUGAUUUUUUUACACAGUAUUUCCACUUUGUGAAAAAUGGAUCACUAACUGUAUAAAUAAAGGGAGUAAAUAAACAA